AUGGUCGAUGUGAGUUCUGAUGGGUUUGAAGAGUCGUCUGUUGAUCAAAAUCCUUACUUACUCCCAAUCACUUCGCAGAUAUUAAUCAAGUCGUCAAAUCAGGCGAUCACGUCAAUAGCAAUUGAAAAGAGUGGUGCGAGAUUUUUAGUUGGCGGAAUGGAAGGGGUUAUACGCUUCUAUGAUUUUGGAGGGAUGGACGCGAGAUUUUCUUCAUUUCGGGAAAUCACGCCGCAAGUGAAUGUUGCGAUUCAUUCUGUCACGCAGAGUGCCAAAAGUGAUUUAUUUCUCGUUGUCACGAAUUCUGUUCAAAUGAAGAUCUAUGAGAGGAAUGGUACCGAGAAAGUUUCAACGAAGAAGGGGGAUAUGUAUAUAGUUGAUUUUAAACAAACGCACGGACACACUUCGACCGUCACGAGUGGGGAGUUUAGUCCGAUAUCUUCGCAGUCGUUUGUUUCGUCAUCUUUAGAUGGAACGCUUCGGGUCUGGGACGUCAACAGUUGCAGUCGAACACAAACGAAUGUCAUUAAGAUGUGUAAAACCGCGCGCGCGAGUGUUUACACUGCCGGAUAUCAAACGGAAACGUCGAUUUUCGGGUCGUACAACAAUUGCAUUCAAACGUAUGAUCUCCGCUCGUCAUUCUAUUCCCCGACGCUUUCUUUGACGUGCGACGAAAAUGCAGUUGAAAUCAAUUCGGUGGUAUUCAACGAUUAUUACGCCUUCUCUCGCUCAAAAUGUGACGUCACACUCUUCGACAUUCGCACACAAAAGCGUCUAAAAAGCAUUCAAAGUCCUCGACGCAACGAGUUUUGUCGCAUGGUUUUAAGUCCAGACCGGCGCUUUCUGUGUUAUUCCGAAGGGGAUUCCGUUGUUUUUAUUGAAAGUGGGACUCUCUCUCAAAUCGAAGAAGUCGAGUGUAGUCACCCCAAUGACGUCUGUUGGAAUGCGGUGAAUAACCAAAUCUUCGUUGGGACUGAAAUGGGGGAUGUUCUAGUACUCUUUGAUGACCAAUUGAGUACAAAAGGUGUUAUGUUGUGCAAAGACAAAGUCCACGAAAACCGGAAGCGAGAGGAAGAAGACUUUUGGCUCAAUCAUUUAGGAAAAGGGUCUGACGAGCAAACACAGCAAAGGCAAAAUGAAAAAGCACAUCGAAAACAAGACAAAAAGCGGAAGAAAGAAGUCAUCAAAACGGAUGAAAAAGCCGACUAUACCACUCAAGACCCGCGAACAGAAUUAUUCAAAUAUGUUGACAAGGAAGAUUUAAAAGCGGUGGAUGUCAAACAAUUACAAGAGGCCCAUGAAGACGUCUAUGAAGUCAUUCGCAAAGAUCAGUAA